AUGCGGAGGCGCGGCGCCGAGCUGCAGGCUGACAAGGCCAACGAGGAGAAGCAGCAACUCCGCGGCCGCUGGGUCACGGACAGCAGCGCGCUGCAGAACGCGGAGGCGCGGAAGCACGAGAUGGUGCAGCGCCACGCCCCAAAGCGCGUCGCACGCGUCAACCUCUUCACCAAGCCGGAGCGCACCGACACGGGGCUCGAGCUUGACGAACGUGAAGUCGCUGACCGCGUCACGCAGGACGACAUCCUCGGCGCCGUCGACCUGCAGUCGCAGGAGAAGAAGUACGAGCUGGUGCUCGACAAACUGGGUCCGUACAAGGUGGACUUCACAGUGAACGGCACACACCUGCUACUGGCGGGGCUGCGCGGCCACAUGGCGAACAUCCGCUGGAAGGACUUCGCCCUCAAUGGCGAGACGCAGCUGAAGGAUCGCAUUGACGACGCCAAGUUCCUCAUCGACCACACCAUGACCGCGCUGGCGCAGAAGAAAUACGUCUACAUGUACACCAAAGAGGGCGCCGAGAUGCACAUUCUCUCCCGCAUGGCGAACAUGGACCGGCUGGUGUACCUGCCGCGCCACCUGCUGCUGUGCGCGGCGUCGUCUCGGUACAGUGUAAUGCAGUACAUGGACAUUAGCACCGGGCAGGAGCUUGGCGCAAAGGUGCCGUCGGCGGUGCGGGAUCCGACGUCCUGCAUGGCUGUCAACCCCAGCAACGGCGUGGUGGCCAGCUGCGACCUGCGCGGCGUCGUGAAGAUGUGGUCACCGACCGUCGUGGAUCCGCUCGUGCAGCUCAAGGGGCACAAGGGUGUAAUCGACGACAUACGCUUCCACCCCAAUGGCCGCUUCUUCGUCACCCUUGGUGGCGAUCACAAGUUCAAGGUGUGGGACUGCCGCACACUGCGCGCGCUCGAGGAGUACGCCGUGACGUACACGUUCAACAGCAUCGACAUCGCAAGCUCCGGCCUCGUCGCGCUGGGCGGUGGCACAAACGUGCAGAUAUGGAAGGGCAUCUUUUCCACCGCGAAGCCGACGGCUCCGUACAUGAAGUUCGGCCUCGGCUACGGCAACAUCGCACAGCAGCUGCGCUUCUGCCCGUUCGAGGACGUCCUCGGCGUGGGCCACUCGCGCGGCUUCCAGUCGCUGCUCAUCCCCGGUUCUGGCGACGCCAACCCCGACUUCUUCUACGCCAACCCACACGAGACGGAGCGGCACCGGAAGGAGCGCGUCGUCACAACGCUGCUCGACAAGCUUCCGCCCGACACAAUCUCACUCGACAUCCAGGUCCCUGGCGUCAACGAGGCGCGGCUCGCGGAGUACAAUGAGAACAUCCGCCUCGACCGCAGGGCACGUGCGAUUCGCGAGAGGAAGCAGCGACGCGCCGAUAAGUCACUCGGCGACAAGGCGCCAACAGGGCUCAAGGUUGGCAACGAUGAGGAGGUCGACGAGGACCUCGGCUACAAGGAGCGGCCGGCCACGCGCGAGCUUAGGUCCAAAAAGGAGGUGGUGAAAGAGCGCAAGAUGCAGAAGUGGGACAAGAAGGACAGCGCGGAUAAGGUUCGGUCCAAGCAGACAAUGCGUACCUCGAAGAUCGCGCAGCAGCGACGGGCGAAGAAGCAGCGAUUGCAACAACGCGGCAGGGAUGAUGAUGAUGAGGAUAGCGAAGAAGUUGAAAAGAAGAUGUCGCAGAUGCAACUCAAGAAACGCCGUCGUGUGGAGGCCGAAUUCGCCGACGACAUGCGUGUGCUGCGUGGCCAGCAGAACAACUUCAGCCACAAUACGACCAGUGAUGAUGACCCGGCGUCAAGUGUGCGGAAGAACGCAGCUCUUCGGCGGCUGCUGUAG